AUGCAUCUCUUUGUGAAGAGCCCCACCGGCAGGACAAUCUGCCUCAAGGUCAAACGAUCAGAUACCCUCCAUACUGUGAAGGCAAAGAUUCAGGAACAGCUGCACUGCCUUUUCUUUGACGGAGUGCAGCUAGAGGAGGACAACCUUACAUUGGCUGAUUAUGGCAUCAAGCAUGAGUCCACACUCGACCUCCAAGAAAGAAUGCAAAUCUAUGUAAUGGAGACGCUGGCAGGUAGGACCAUCACGCUUGAGGUUGACAGCUUGGAUACCAUUGACACUGUCGAGUCCAAGAUUCAAUAUAUUCAGGGAUUUCCCAAGGAUCGCCAGUGCCUCAUCUUUGCCAAUAAACAGCUGGUGGACGAGAGCACCUUGGCAGACCUCAACAUUUGCAAGGACUCCACUCUUCUCCUUGUCCUCCUCCCGGCGGUCCACCACCCGGCCAUCCACUACCCGGACGGUCCAGGAGAUAAAAUGCGCAUCUUCGUGAGGGAGCUAAAAGGAAAGACCAUCACGCUUCAGGUUGAGAGGACAGAAAUCAUCGACAAUGUCAAGAUGAAGAUCUAUCAGGUGGACGGCUGUCGUCCGGCACAGCAACGCCUCCUAUUUGCCGGUCGGCAGCUGGAGAACGACCGCACCCUGGCGGACUAUACGAUUCGGAAGGACGAUACCCUCCAUUUGGUGCUCUGCCUUUGUGGUUGUUGAGAUGGUCAUCGGGACGUCUGACAAGUAUUUUUGCAGCCCUUUUUCUCUCUACUAGUGGUGUUUUAUCGGUAGAACUAUUGUUACACUCGUUCCAGUGGCGUGCUA